UCCGUUGGAUAGAUCAGCCGGUACAGGUUGCGCACGUAGUUGAUGCCAAUCACGCCCGGCGACAUCCUCUGCGACCACUCGGUGGGGUUGUUCAGGUGGUACUGCCAGCCGUCGGAAUACCAGGUUUCCGCCGUUUCGAUCUCGUAGCACGCCAGGUAUUUCGGACCGCCCCGCACCGCCACAUAUCUCGCCGCAUUCAGGACUCCCGGAAUGGACAACCGUUCGGGAAUGUGCUCUUCGUUAUACCAGCGGUUGAAUUCAUCCUCAUGCUCGGCGGGCACAUCGACGUACACCAUCAACAGUCCCUGUCUUUUUUUGGCGGCCAAGUAUCACCUCCCGGUUCUUAGAAGUGUUGUCAGUCCCAGCCUGUCGCUGGCAAUGUGUUGCCACAAUAACGUUACGGGCUUGGGUUCGCUUCCGGAAAAUACCAUUGCCCCGAUUUCAGGCUGUCGAUCGCGAGCCGCAUCGGCUCAAACAACGGUUCCGGAGUACUUCCCAAAGGAUACCAACCAUACUCUCCGAACGAACCGUCGGCAGCGCUGGGCGCGGGAGUCUGGUCGCCUAUUUCGCCCAGGAAUUCCACAUCCACGUAAUGGCGUCCAUACUCGAUGAUGUUGCUCAGACAUAACACGCGCAGCCCACCUACCCUCACCCCAAGUUCCUCCUGAGCUUCUCGCCGCGCGCAAUCCUCCAGGGAUUCCCUAAACUCCAGAUGCCCGCCAGCCGAACCCCAGGUGGACUCUCCGUGAGCG